AUGCCGGUACGCCGGGGCCAUGUGGCCCCCCAAAACACCUACCUGGACACCAUCAUCCGCAAAUUUGAAGGGCAAAACCGCAAGUUCCUCAUUGCCAACGCCCAGAUGGAGAACUGCGCCAUCAUCUACUGCAACGACGGCUUCUGUGAGAUGUUCGGCUACUCCCGCGUGGAGGUGAUGCAGCGACCCUGCACCUGCGACUUCCUCACCGGCCCCGACACCACCAAGAGCUCCAUCGCGCAGCUCACGCAGGCCCUGCUCGGCUCCGAGGAGUGCAAGCUCGAGAUCCUCUACUACCGCAAAGACACCUCGUGUUUCCGCUGCCUGGUGGACGUGGUGCCAGUGAAGAACGAGGACGGCGUCGUCAUCAUGUUCAUCCUCAACUUCGAGGACCUGGCACAGCUCAUCACCAAGAACGCCAGCCGGAGCCUGCACCACCGCCUGUCGCAGAGCUGGCGUGGAGGUCAAGGUAGGAGGUUGAAGUUUAGUCUCCCGUCCCUGCGGCGACUCAAAAUCCAGCGGAAAUCUCUGCCCACCAGUGAGUUUGAUGGAGUAGCCAUUGACUAUGGAAAGCCUGGUGGUGACUCCCUGAUUUUGAGGGACUUGAAGACAUCGCCCAAGGAGAACUGUGUGCAGUCAGAGACCGAAUCCCUCCUGGAAAAGGAGCGGAGGCCGAGCCUGGAGGCCGACCCCACCCUACAACACUCGUCCCCGAAACAAGAGCCUCCCUUGCUGGGCCCACGAGGGUCGUACUCUGCGUGGGGUUUCUUUCGGUCUCGCCCUGGGGGCAGCUUCCACAGCCUCCGCAGGGUCUCCUCCUUGGACAACUUUGAGGCUGCGAGGUCUGAGUUCCAGAGAAAAUUCAGGGAAAGGAGGGCAAACUCAGAGGCUUCCCACGUCAAACCCAACCCUCCGAACUCCACCUCGGACUCGGACCUCAUGAAGUACCGGACCAUCAGCCAGAUCCCCCAGUUCACACUCAACUUUGUGGAGUUCAACCUGGAGAAGCACCGCUCAGGCUCCACCACGGAGAUCGAGAUAAUUGCUCCCCACAAGGUGAUGGAGCGCACCCAGAACGUCACCGAGAAGGUUACACAGGUGCUGUCCCUGGGCGCUGACGUCCUUCCCGAGUACAAGCUGCAGGCGCCACGCAUCCAUCGAUGGACCAUCCUGCACUACAGUCCCUUCAAGGCUGUGUGGGACUGGCUCAUCCUUCUGCUGGUCAUCUACACAGCCGUCUUCACACCCUACUCGGCCGCCUUCCUGCUCAAUGAGGAGCAGGUGGAGGAGAAGCACUGGGACUGCAGCUACUCCUGUGACCCACUCAACAUCAUUGACCUCAUCGUGGACAUCAUGUUCAUUGUGGACAUUGUCAUCAACUUCCGUACCACCUACGUCAACAUCAACGACGAGGUGGUGAGCCACCCUGGCAAAAUCGCCAUCCACUAUUUCAAGGGAUGGUUCCUCAUCGACAUGGUCGCCGCCAUCCCCUUUGACCUGCUCAUCUUCCGCUCCGGCUCUGAUGAGACCACCACCCUCAUUGGCCUCCUGAAGACCGCCCGGUUGCUGCGCCUGGUCCGCGUGGCCCGCAAGCUGGACCGCUACUCUGAGUAUGGAGCAGCCGUGCUCUUCCUGCUCAUGUGCACCUUCGCCCUCAUCGCCCACUGGCUGGCCUGCAUCUGGUACGCCAUCGGCAACGUGGAGCGGCCCUACAUGGAGCACAAAAUCGGCUGGCUGGACAACCUCGGUGACCAGAUCGGCAAGCGCUACAACGACAGCGACCUCUCCUCUGGCCCAUCCAUCAAGGAUAAAUACGUCACUGCCCUCUACUUCACCUUCAGCAGCCUCACCAGUGUGGGGUUUGGCAACGUCUCACCCAACACCAACUCCGAGAAGAUCUUCUCCAUCUGUGUCAUGCUCAUUGGCUCUCUGAUGUACGCCAGCAUCUUCGGCAAUGUCUCUGCUAUCAUCCAGCGCCUGUACUCGGGCACGGCCCGCUACCACACGCAGAUGCUGCGGGUCAAGGAGUUCAUCCGCUUCCACCAGAUCCCCAACCCCCUGCGCCAGCGCCUGGAGGAGUAUUUCCAGCACGCCUGGUCCUACACCAAUGGCAUCGACAUGAAUGCGGUGCUGAAGGGAUUCCCCGACUGCCUGCAGGCAGACAUCUGCCUCCACCUCAACCGCACACUGCUCCAGAACUGCAAGGCUUUCCGAGGAGCCAGCAAAGGCUGCCUGCGCGCCUUGGCCAUGAAGUUCAAGACAACUCAUGCACCACCUGGAGACACCCUGGUGCACUACGGAGAUGUCCUCACCACACUCUACUUCAUCUCCCGGGGCUCCAUCGAGAUCCUCCGGGAAGACAUUGUGGUGGCCAUCUUAGGGAAGAAUGACAUCUUUGGGGAGCCCAUCAGCCUCUACGCCCGCCCAGGGAAGUCCAACGCUGACGUGAGGGCCCUGACCUACUGUGACUUGCACAGGAUCCAGCGGGAGGACCUGCUGGAGGUCUUGGACAUGUACCCAGCCUUCUCUGACAACUUCUGGAGCAACUUAGAGAUCACCUUCAACCUGCGAGAUGCAGACAGCGUUCCCCGCUCACCACUCAGCGAGGAGUAUGACUGCACCUACCGGCGGGCACGCCGACGCAAGCACUCCCUUUGCCAGCCCAACAAGCCUGACCCAGACACGGGCAUCUCUGAUGCAGAGCAGUACCACACCUACUCAGAGCUCACCAACCCGCAGGACCCGCUGAGUAAGGACCAGUGGGACGACGUGGGCAGCAGCACCACUCCCUGCUCCCAGAUCAGCGAUGAGGAGGCCAAGACUGGCAGCCCUACAAAAGCUGAGCCCUUCCCCACAUCCAAAAAGGAUGACUUUGCUCUGCCCACGCUCAGCCUUGUCACCACCAGCGCCGGCAGCACAGAGGUCGGCAAGCAGGCGGCGGAGAGCAGCCAGUCCUAUGCAGCCACCCCCCUGGACAUCCCCAACAUGUUCACCUUCUGGGAGGACCGAAGGCCGAACCACCACCCGGAGCCUUUGCAACACAUCUCCUUGGUACACAGCUCGCGGGACAUCCCCCUGCACAGCGACUACAGACCGGGGCAGAUCGAGUCCAGGCUGGAGCUCCUGCAGGCCCAGCUCAGCAGGCUGGAGUCCAGGAUGUCGUCAGACAUUAAUAUAAUCCUCCAGCUCCUGCAGCGCCAGCUGUCCCAAGUGCCGCCCGCAUACAGCCCCAUCUCGCCGUCCUCCCACAACCUGGCCAUGUACGGCAUCCUCCCGCGGAGCCUGGAGCCGCUCACCCCCUGCGCACCCCUGGAGGACGAGGAGACGACGACCCUGGAGCAGAGCCCGAGCUACACGGAGGUAGAAAAGUUCCACUUGAAAUCCAGGGACUCCUUGUCAAGCAGAAUGCACCUCACUGUGGCAUCCGACGAAACCAUGACGGUCUACUCCGAGCAGGAGCACCAUUCCCCGCCUCUCCCGAACCCAGAGCCUCCCCACCAAAGGGCACCAAAUACCCAGGGACUCUUCCGGGGCUCUCGUUUCCCUUCCCUCCCUGAGCACUUGGAGGCAUCUUCCGAGCACCAGGACAUUCAGAGACACCUCUCCGACCCAGUGCUUCCUGGAAGUUAGAGAU